AGUCACGUUGCCUGGUUCCGGGCGGGAGGUUACAUCUAUCCAAGAUUUUUUAUGAUCCUCAUUCAAAUUUUCCCUCCAUUUGUCUUCCAUAAUCAUUCCAAUUUCUCAUGAAACUCGCGACGCCCAAUACGCGUCUCUUCACGAGCUCUUCUAUGGCCCCAAAAUCAGGGCGAGUAUCCAAGAAUUCAAUAUCCACGGACACCAGUAAAGAGCUCCACGCACACCUCAUAAGAACCCAAUUGCACACUGACCCCUUUUUAAUGUCUGAUGUUAUCAGAUCGUAUUCUCUAUCAUCCACAAAUCUGCACAAAGCCCAUCUCGUUUUUAAUCAGAUUGAAUGUCCCACAUUGGUUGUUUGGAACCAUAUGAUCCGGGGUUUGUCACAAAGUGACCAUCCAGUUGAAGCAAUCCACAUGUAUACUCGUAUGCAUCACCAAGGAAUAACUGGGAAUAAUCUGACUCUUAUAUUUCUUUUCAAGGCCUGUGCUCGGGUCUCGGAUAUUGUGUCUGGACGAAAGAUUCAUGUUCAUGCUCUGAAACUCGGGUUUGAGUCGUAUCUUUUUGUUUCCAAUGCUCUGAUUCAUAUGUAUGCAAUGUGUGGUCAAUUGGGUUUUGCGCAGAAAAUGUUUGAUGGAAUGCUGGAUAGGGAUUUGGUUUCUUGGAACACUUUGAUUUGUGGUUAUAGUCAGUACAAUAAAUAUAAGGAAGUGUUACGCCUUUUUGAUGCUAUGACAGCAGCAAAUAUAAAGGCUGAUGCAGUGACUAUGGUGAAGAUUAUUUUAGCUUGUAGCCAUUUGGGUGAUUGGGAGUUUGCUGAUUCAAUGGUGAAGUACAUAAAGGAAAAUAAUCUUGAGAUUGAUGUUUACUUGGGAAACACUUUGAUUGAUAUGUAUGGGAGGCGUAGUUUAGCUGAAUUGGCACAAGGAGUUUUUGAUAGGAUGCGGGAAAGGAAUAUUGUUUCUUGGAACGCCUUGGUCAUGGGGUAUGCAAAAGUGGGAAAUUUAACUGCAGCUCGGAAGCUUUUUGAUAACAUGCCGAAGAGGGAUGUGAUCUCUUGGACCUCUAUGAUAACAGGUUACUCUCAAGCUAGCCAAUUUUCAGAUGCAGUGAAGCUUUUUCAAGAAAUGAUGGCAGCUAAGGUGAAACCUGAUAAAGUUACAGUGGCUAGUGUGCUUUCAGCUUGUGCCCAUCUAGGCAAGCUGGAUGUGGGAUGGGCUGUUCACGACUAUAUUCGCAGGCAUGGUGUACAAGCAGAUAUUUAUGUGGGGAACUCCUUGAUAGAUAUGUACUGCAAAUGUGGGAUGGUAGAGAAGGCAUUGGAAGUGUUUCACGGAAUGAAAGAUAAGGACUCUGUGUCAUGGACUUCUGUCAUUUCAGGCCUUGCUGUGAAUGGUUUUGCCAAUUCUGCACUUGACCUCUUCUCACAAAUGUUGAGAGAAGGUGUUCAGCCAACCCAUGGAACCUUUGUUGGGAUAUUACUAGCUUGUGCCCAUGCUGGGUUGGUGAAUAAAGGUUUGGAAUACUUUGAAAGUAUGGAAAGUGUUCAUGGAUUAGUACCAGCUAUGAAGCAUUACGGGUGUGUGGUUGAUCUCUUGAGCCGCUCAGGCAACAUAGAUAAGGCAUAUGAGUUCAUAAAGAAAAUGCCAAUAGUUCCUGAUGUUGUAGUAUGGAGGAUUUUGCUGAGUGCUUGUAAGCUUCAUGGAAAUGUUGUCCUAGCUGAGAUUGCCACCAAGAGGCUUCUUGAAUUGGAUCCAUGUGAUAGUGGGAAUUAUGUUCUUCUAUCUAAUACCUAUGCAGGGGUGGAUAGAUGGGAUGAUGCUAUGAAAAUGAGAGAGUUGAUGGAUGAUGGUGAUGUGCAGAAGCCAUCUGGGAGUAGUUCUAUUGAAGUGGAUGGCAUGGUGUCAAAUUACUCUCAAGAACCUGGUCUUCUCCAAGUUGAAACAAGGAAUGAUUUUACAGUAUGUAAAAGUGAAGAUAUCCCUAAAUCAAUGCAUGGGCAGUUAUAGGACAAUCAAUAUAUGAACAAUAGGUGCAGACACUUAAAAAUAAACUGUACCUUAUAUUCAUACAGCUAGCAUUGUCCACAAGAUGAUCCUAUUCGGUACUUUAUCCAAAUAUCAUCCUUGUCAGAGUCUGAUUUGCUUCUAUGUGGGAAUGAAUAGUCAGGCUUUUUGAAAUUCACCUUUGCGUGGGUGAAAUAAAGGUUGGUUAAUGUUGCAGCUGAAAGUAUAGUGGUCUUAGAAUUCACCAUGGCUUGCCUGAUGUUGUGAAGCAACUUGAUGAGGUGGUUUUGGCGCUUGGAAUCAAAAGCUUAUAGUGUAAACCCUAAUGCAGCCUGAAUUUUCUUUGUAACCCUAGAGACAGUUCUGUACAGUUAGAAAGCUGUGAAAAGAGGCCCUUUACUUCUCUAUGGUGAUAAAGAAACUUAGUCUGUGGCAAGGCACAGCAUCACGGGAUGAGAACCCAGCCAGAUAUCAGCUUUCAGAUUACUGACCAGAUAUUCUCAGAUUGAUUUAUUCAAACCCCAAGCAUUCUUUUGUUAUGGGGAUAAAUGCUAACAAGCAUCCUACAUGGUAACUGUGCAUUUUACAGAACUUGGGAGCCAUGAACAUUUUCAGGUGUCCAAACAUGGUGCAGUGGUGGAGAUUUUGAUGACCGAAGAAAUAGCAGGCGCCCUGACACAUCGCAAGGGAAGUGAAUGGCUUCAUGGAUCUUGGAGAUCUCAAAGACAGUUUUUAAAGGUAAACAAGUAAACUUAACCAUCUUCAUUUUAACUUAUGCGUUCAGUAGUUUUUCAUGAUAUUGGAUGAUGAUAGAAUGUUAUAAAUACCAAAGGAUGUGAUUAAGCUGAAAUCAUAUUGUUAUAUGAUUGGUUUUCUUUUGCUAAAAGAAUUCAAAUGUUACGGCUC